AUGUCGGCUGCUGAGAUCCCACAGCCCGUGCAGCCCGUGAAGCUCUCGCUGCCUCUGAUCUACCAGCAAAAGCUCUUCGAAGAGCUGCGCAACGAAGAUGAGCUCGUGGUCCUCGCGCGGGGCCUCGGCCUCAUGCGGCUCAUCACCAAUCUGCUGCACUCGUACGACGCCGCGGGCAACAACCUGAUCGUCAUCGUCGGCGCCGGCGACCGGGAGAACGCCUGGAUCGGCGAAGCCCUGGCCGAACACGCCGCCAUCAGCAUGUCCCCACGCGCAAGGGGUCUCACCGUCGUCAACACCGAUUUCACUAGCGUAGCGACCCGCGAGAAGAUGUACGCGGCGGGGGGGAUUUUUAGUAUUACCUCCCGGAUUUUGGUGGUUGAUGUCCUGACUGAUCUCCUCCGCCCGGAAACUAUUACUGGGAUGGUCGUGCUGCACGCUGAUCGGGUGACUGCCACGUCGCUCGAGGCCUUUAUCCUCCGGGUCUACCGGCAGAAGAACAAGGCCGGGUUUCUCAAGGCCUUCUCCGACAACCCGGAUCCGUUCACCACCGGCUUCUCGCCGCUGACCAACAUGAUGAAGAACCUGUUCCUCCGGAAGGCGUCGCUAUGGCCGCGGUUUCAUGUCCACGUUGCGCAGGCGCUCGAGGGGAAGAAAAAGGCCGAGGUGAUCGAGCUCGAGGUCCCCAUGACCGAUGCCAUGCGAGAGAUCCAGCAUGCCGUGAUGGAGUGUGUGGAGAUCAACAUUCAGGAACUGAAGAAGGCCAACACGGGGUUGGAAAUGGACGACUGGAACCUCGAUAGCGCCUUGCUGAAGAACUUUGAUGUGAUUGUUCGCCGCCAGCUCGAUCCCAACUGGCACCGGGUGAGCUGGAAAACCAAGCAGAUCGUGGGCGACCUAACCGUUCUAAGAGAAAUGCUCCAGUCGGUGCUGGCUCUCGACGCAGUCUCCUUCUUGCAACAGCUCGACACCAUCCACAUGGCUCACUCCCCCCCUCCCGGAUCGACGAGACAAACCCAGUCGCCCUGGUUGUUUCUCGACGCCGCGCAGACCAUCUUCGAAACCGCAAGGAGGCGGGUGUACUCGAGCAAUCAAAAAGCCGGACCAAACACCACCAACAUCGACGCUCUGCGGCCGGUGCUCGAGGAACAGCCGAAAUGGGCCGUCUUGGCCGAGGUGCUGGAAGAGAUCGACCGGGACCUCUACUUCGAGCCCCCCGCUCGCGACGACUCCAACGGGACCAUCCUAAUCAUGUGCUCCGACACCGACACCUGCCGGCAGCUCCGGGACUAUCUGCAGACGAUGCACGUCCGGCCCAAAACGGAACACAAAGUCGAGGAGUUCCAUGACCCGGACGCGGACAAGCCGUCCGCUGAGUUCAUGAUGCGUAGACGGUUGCGGGGUUAUCUGAAGUGGAAGCGGGAAUUUGCCCAGGUCAAUAACAGCUUGUUCUCGGAGAACCACAAAGCCAUCACGGGUGCCGUCGAUCCCCGGUUGAGGGGGUCCAAGAACCGACCCCCUCCCAAUAAAAGACGCCGGAUGCGAGGUGGAGGGUUGGUUGGGACCGCCCCGGGCCGCCUUGACAAUGGGAGCAUUGCGCAGCACUUUGAGAAGCCCGGGGAGGUCGCCGAGCUCAUGGCCGAGAUCCAAAUCACCGAAGAAGAAAGCAAACAAAAAGAAGACAUCGUCGCCGACCCUUUGGACGACAUGGACGACUACUACCAACUGUACGAGAUGCAAGACCUCGUCGUCAUCCAUGCCUACAACGGCGAUGUAGACGAGCACGUCCUAGAGGAGAUCAAGCCCAAGUACAUCAUCAUGUACGAGCCCGACGCCGCCUUCAUCCGCCGCGUCGAAGUCUACCGCUCAUCCCACAACGACCGCAACGUCCGCGUCUAUUUUCUAUACUACGGCGGCUCCGUCGAAGAACAGCGCUACCUCUCCUCCGUCCGCCGCGAAAAAGACGCCUUCACAAAACUCAUCAAAGAACGCGCCAGCAUGUCCCUCACCCUGACCACCACCGACACCCCCGGCGGCGCCGACGACCCCCAAGAAGCCUUCCUCCGCACGGUCAACACCCGCAUAGCCGGCGGCGGCCGUCUCGCCGCGACCGCCCGACCCCCGCGCGUAGUCGUGGACGUCCGCGAGUUCCGCUCCUCCCUCCCUUCCCUCCUCCACGGCCGCUCCACCAUCAUCGUCCCCUGCAUGUUAACCGUCGGCGACUACAUUCUCACCCCGCACAUCUGCGUCGAGCGCAAAAGCAUCAGCGACCUGAUCAGUUCGUUCAAAGACGGCCGGUUAUUUGCGCAGUGCGAGGCGAUGUUCCAGCAUUAUCGUGAUCCGAUGUUGUUGAUUGAGUUUGAUCAGAAUAAGAGUUUUACGUUGGAGCCGUUUGCGGAUUUGUCGGGGAGUAUGUCGAGUAUUAGUUUGGCGAAUGCGGGCGCGCAGGGGAAUGAUUUGCAGAGUAAGAUUGUGUUGUUGACGUUGGCGUUUCCGAGGUUGAGGAUUAUUUGGUCGUCGUCGCCGUAUGAGACGGCGGAGAUUUUUGCGAGGAUUAAGGACAAGGAGCCGGAGCCGGAUCCGAUUGCUGCUGUAAGGGCUGGUCUAGACAAUAGUGAGGAUGGGCAAGGGGGGGUGAAUGGGCAGAUGUUUAAUCCCGUGCCGCAGGAGAUGUUGGGGACGGUGCCCGGGGUGACGCAGAAGAACUUGAAGAAUUUGGUGCUGGAGGUGGAGAGCAUUAGGGAAGUUGCGAAUAUGACGGUGGAGGAGCUGAAUCCGAUUGUUGGGAGAGAGGCGGCGGGGAAGAUUUGCGGGUUCUUUAAGAAGGAUUUGUUAGAUGACGACUAG